AUGUACAGAAUAGGGGGUCGUUUCCUCCAGAGCAUCCGCUAUGCCGGCCAGGGCCAGAAUCAAAACCUUCAGAGCUCUCUUCGGAGGAACUGCUCGCGCGGGGUCGAGGGUUCUGAAUUCUCCUUGUCGAUGGAGUGUGGCAAUAAUCAGAACCUGACUUUCAAAAUGGGCCGUCUAGCGAAGUUCGCUGACGGAGCGGCUAUCGCGCAGAUGGGGGAGACUUCUGUUCUGGUCACUGCAGUAAGUGAGACUUCCCCAACCCGGAACAGUUUUAUGCCGCUCUCGGUCGACUACAGGCAAAAAGCUGCAGCGGCCGGCCGAAUCCCCACGAACCACUUACGGCGCGAGCUCGGACCCACCGACUUUGAGAUUCUCACCAGCAGAAGCAUCGAUCGUUCCCUUCGGCCGAUGUUCCCUGCCGGUUACCAUUAUGAGACUCAGCUCGUGUGCAACCUCCUGGCCGUCGAUGGCCUGAACGACCCGGACGUAAUCGCCAUAAAUGCCGCCUCGGCGGCUCUCUGCGUCUCCGACAUUCCAUUCAACGGUCCUGUCGGAGCCUGCAGGGUGGCUUUCAUCGACGGAAAAGCGGUUCCCCAUCCAACCCGACGACAAAUGGCCAGCAGUUCCUUGGACCUUAUCGUGUCCGGCGUUAAACACAGUAAAAUCGUCAUGUUGGAGGCGAGUGCGGACAACUUGUGCGUCCAGGAUUUCAUGCAAUCCGUGAAGGUUGGGAUGAAGGAGGUCUCGAAAAUCGUCCAAACGAUCGAGGAUUUCGCAAGAACUCACGGGAAACCAAAGCGCGAAGUCGCGGCGUACUUCGUACCUUCCCAAGAGAUGAUCUCCAUGGCAGAGACGUUGUCCAGAGAUCAGGUCUAUGAAGUACUCACAGACUUCUCCCAUGAUAAAUUGUCCAGAGAUAGAGCUCUCAGCGUCGUCAGAGAGACAGCGCUGGUGAAACUCACAGAAGCGUUCCCGGAGGCAGAUAACUUCAUUCUGCAGGAAUCCCUCAAAGCUGUCGUGAAGAAAGUCUUCAGUGAUCUCGCUCUCGAUGAGGAGCAACGCAUGGACGGCCGGAAACUCAACGACAUCCGAAACAUAUAUUGUGAGACUAAUCUGUUCGAGCCUCUGCACGGGUCGGCUCUGUUCCAACGAGGCCAGACGCAAGUCAUGUGCACCGUGAGCUUCGAUUCGCCGCACAGCUCUCUCCGACAGUUGGACCCAGUGUCGCAGCUGUUAGACGGCAAUAAGGAGAAAAACUUCAUGUUACACUACGAGUUCCCCCCGUAUGCGACGAACGAAACCGGGCGUUCCGGACGUAUCGGAAGACGAGAACUGGGUCAUGGGAACCUCGCGGAGAGAGCUCUCAAGCCUCUUGUCCCCAAAGACUUUCCUUUCACGAUUCGGCUCACAUCCGAAGUUCUCGAAUCCAAUGGAUCAUCGAGCAUGGCGGCAGUCUGCGGCGGGACUCUCGCACUACUGGACGCUGGAGUUGAGUUGGAAGGCUCAGCCGCAGGAAUAGCCAUGGGUUUGAUUUCUGAGAGCGACCCCGAGGAUCCGAAACACUUCAAGAGAUAUAAAAUCCUCACCGAUAUUUUGGGUAUCGAGGAUUUCCUCGGAGAGAUGGAUUUCAAGAUUGCGGGCAGCUCGAAGAAAAUAACAGCUCUCCAGGCCGACGUGAAGAUUCCCGGUCUGCCGAUUAGGGUGGUUAUGGAAACGAUAAGCGAGGGGAUCCAAGGAACGAACGAAAUAUUGAAAACGAUGCGAAAAACCAUUCCCAAAGCUCGAUCGAAGAAGAAAGACAAUUGGCCAGUGGUUGAGAAGUUUGAAGUCCCGGCGCACAAACGAAGUCAGCUCGUUGGACUCGCUGGAAGGAAUCUGAGGAAGAUAACCGCAGAAACCGGUGUGACCCUUGUUCCUCUCGACGACAACGCGUUCGACGUGUUCGCUCCGAAUCAGACGGCGUUGUUGGAAGCCAAGGAGAUGAUGAACUCGGUUUUGGCCGAAAGUCGGGAGCCCACGCUCGAGUUCGGUGGCGUGUACACCGCAAAAAUUGUAGAAGUUCGCGAAUCCGGUGUCAUGAUCCAGCUGUACCCCAAUAUGACGCCGACGCUCUUGCACAACUCGCAGCUCGAUCAGAGAAAAGUGAAUCAUCCAUCAGCUUUGGGCUUGACGGUGGGUCAAGAAAUCCGGGUGAAAUACUACGGGAGAGAUCCCGUCUCCGGCCACAUGCGAGUCUCUCGGAAGGUCCUCCAAGCUACGCCGUCGACGGUCCUGCGCAAUCACAUGUCAGAUAGUAAAUCGACUCCUGACAAAAGCUGA